AUGUCCGGCACAAUACGCCUGCGGGCGAGAGGACCGCAAGGCACGGCGACCAUUUCGAUAGACAGCAAUGCAACAUAUGGCCAUCUGAAACGCGAAAUAUCAGAAAAGACGGGCGUUGCAGAUUUCGACAUCAAGUAUGGCUUUCCGCCUCAACCUCUCAACACUGAGUCGAUAAGUGCCGAGACCAAGCUUUCAGAUCUCCCGGUCAAGCUCAACGGCGAGCAGUUGAUCGUGUCUCCUCUCAACGUCCAGUCAAAACUAUCGGAGCCUUUGGCCGGAUCAACCCGAGCACCAGAGACCGUCAAAGCACUCCCACCGCGAGAGCUCAUAUCACCGCCACAACACAAGGCCGGGGACUUUCCAGAUAAACCACUUAGUCUUGCCCGAAAGCCAAAAGGAGAUGUCGAGAGUGAUCCGCCAGAAGUUCCUGUCUCACAGUUGGAGGGCGUCAUGAUCCUUCGCGUAAUGCCAGAUGACAAUAGCUGCAUGUUCCGCGCUCUUUCUUCGGCUGUGCUUCCGGGAAUAGAUACGAUGAAUGAGCUUCGUUCGAUCGUCGCGGAGAAGAUUCAGCAUGAGAAAGACUUCUUCACCAAAGACAUGCUCGAAAAGGAGCCAGAUGACUACUGCCGAUGGAUUCAGCGCGAAGAUGCAUGGGGAGGUGGAAUCGAACUUUCUAUCCUGAGCCAGCAUUUCGGCAUUGAGAUAUGCAGCAUCAACGUACAGGACUGCAGAGUCGACAGAUUCAACGAGGGACAAGCGACGCGCUGCAUUUUGGUGUACUCCGGCAUACACUACGAUGUCUGUGCUGUAGCGCCCUUCAGCGGAGCGGAGCCGGAGUUCGACCGAAAAGUAUUCGAUGUGCUACAAAUGGACGGCGAGGAGAUUGAUGGUGGAGCACUGCAAGCAGCAGUCGAGCUCUGCAAAAUCCUUCAAAGUCGGCACUACUAUACGGACACCCAAGGCUUCUCGCUAAAAUGCAAUCAAUGCGGGCAGAAGGGCAAUGGUGAGAAGUGGGCCUUGCAGCAUGCGGAAAGCACUGGACAUGGCGAUUUCGGCGAGAAUGACUAG